GCAAACAGACACCUGCAGACAGCGCCAGUAGAUCCCAGAUCGAGUCGAUCCGCGCAGCCGGAACUCAGGUGCAGACAGUCCGCGUCCCUCAGCGGGUCCCCCCCGGAGCUUCCAGCCAUGGUGUUCGAGUCCAUGGUCAGCGACCUUCUGAACAGGUUCAUCGGGGACUACGUGGAGAACUUGGACAAGUCUCAGCUGAAGAUCGGGAUCUGGGGAGGAAAUGUCGUUCUGGAGAACCUGAAGGUGAAGGAAAACGCUCUGGGAGAGUUCGAUGUUCCCUUCAAAGUAAAAGCGGGACAGAUCGGGAAGCUGACGCUGAAGAUUCCAUGGAAGAACCUCUACAACGAGGCGGUGGUGGCCACGCUGGAGGGGCUCUACCUGCUGGUGGUUCCUGGAGCCACUCAGGCUCAGCUGAAGUCGCCUCCGUUUAACGCAAUAAAGUACGAUGCAACGAAAGAGGAGCGUUACCAGCAGGAGGCCAAGCAGAGGGAGCUGCAGCGCAUCGAGGAGGCGCUGCAGGCCGCUGCACGCAGAGCAUCUCAUGCUGGAGAUCUGCUGUUUGGUCUGGAGAGCGUUGUUUACAAGGAACAGCUCAAUGUCUCAAAAGGACAUAAAAAAAACAAAAAGCACAAAAAGGCUUUCAGGAAACUGAAGCGACACGAAAAGAAAGCAGAUAAACCUCCAGAGGAGAAGAAGGACACGUUCAUGGAGAAACUCGCCACCCAGGUGAUCAAAAACCUGCAGGUGAAGAUCAGCAGCAUCCAUCUGCGUUACGAGGAUGAUCUGUCAGACCCACAGCGCCCCCUAUCGAUGGGAGUGACGCUGUCAGAGCUCAGCCUGCAGACCACAGACGAGAACUGGAAGCUCUGCAUUCUGAACGAGGCCGCAAAGAUCAUCUAUAAGCUCGGCCGUCUGGAGAGUCUCUGUGCCUACUGGAACGUGGACAGCCCCAUGUACUACAGGAGCUCAUGGCAGGACAUCGUAGACCAAUUGAAGUCAGAGAUCAGCAGCAAAGAGCAGCAGAUGCCUCAUUAUCAGUACAUCUUCAAGCCGCUCUUUGCUUCGGCUAAAAUGUGCAUCAACCCGAAUGCAGAGAUGGAGCUGAAGUCUCCGAAGGCGAACCUUCAGCUGGAGGUGCAGAACAUCGGCAUCGAGCUGACCAAACCACAGUACCUCAGCAUGGUGGACGUCCUGGAGUCCAUCGAUCUGAUGGCGAAGAACGCCCCCUACAGAAAGUUCAGGCCUGACGUUCCCGUCCAUGACAGCAGCAAUCUCUGGUGGAGGUACGCCUUCAACAGCAUCAUGGAAGUGCACAUCAGGCGGGUCAGCCACAUGUGGUCCUGGUCCAAAAUCAAACGCCACAGGGGGAACCUGAGGGUCUACAAGGCCGCCUACAAGAGCAAGCUGCUGAGCCAGAACAAGCCGGGUCCAGAAACCGAGAGGCAGCUCCAGGAUCUGGAGAAAACCCUGGAUGUGUUCAACAUCACUCUGGCUCGCCAACAAGCCCAGAUGGAGGCGAUCCGGUCCGGGCAGAAGCUGUCCGGGAAGAAGGCUGCUGGCCAAAAGCAGGGCUGGUUCAGCGGCUGGUUUGGGAAGAAGGGAAAGAAGGAGGAGCAGGAGCAGGAAGAGAAGGAGCCUGAGAGUUCAGGUCUGGAGCAGCUGAUGACGGCUGAGGAGAAAGAAAAACUCUACACAGCCAUUGGCUACAGCGGCAGCUCCCACAACCUGGCUUUACCCAAAGAGUACGUUGGUGUGAUCAUCACCUUCCAGCUGCUGAGGACGUCGGUAACCUUCAGAGAGCAGCAUCACGUUCCAGAGAUCCUCAACAUCCAGAUGGUUAACCUCAGCACCAAAAUCUCUCAGAGACCUGGAGCUCAGGCUGUCAGGUUGGAAGCAGACUUGGAGCACUGGUACGUAACCGGCCUGAAGCAGCGGGACACGGUCCCCUCGCUCAUCGCCUCGGUGGGCGAUUCCUCCUCAUCGCUGCUCAGCGUGGCGUUCGAGCUGAACCCUGAGAAGGUCGGCAUUGACCAGCUGCUGGAGAUCCACUCCCAGCCUGUGGAGAUCAUCUACGAUGCGGUGACCAUUAACAGCAUGGUGGAUUUCUUUAAGACGGGGAAAGGAGUGGAUCUGGAGGUCCUUACUUCUGCCACUCUGUCCAAACUUGAGGAGAUCAAAGAGAAAACGGCUGCAGGUUUGUCUCACAUCAUUGAAACCAGGAAGGUUCUGGACCUAAAGAUCGACCUGAAGCCGUCUUACCUGCUGAUACCGAAGUCAGGUUUUUACAGCAGCACGUCGGAGCUGAUGAUUGUGGACUUUGGUAGCUUCCAGCUGCACAGCGUGGAUCAGAACAGCGUCACCUCAUCCUCAUCGCUGGAGGCCAUCAUGGAUCGAGCCUACGAGAGAUACGAUGUGGGACUGAGGAGAGUCCAGCUGCUCUACAGCAAGUCAGGAGAUGCCUGGAAGUCGGCCCGCCUGCAGAGUUCCUCCGUCCAACACAUCCUCCAGCCCAUGGACCUCACUCUGCACCUGGCCAAGUGUAUGGUGGAGAAGGACGCUCGGAUGCCCAGGUUCAAGGUGUCCGGUGAGCUGCCUCUAAUGCACGUCAGGAUCUCUGACCAGAAGAUCCAGAAGGUGCUGGAACUGGUGGAAAGCGUCCCAGUGCCAAAGAAGGACUCUGCUCCCUGCAGCCCCACGGAGAAGGUGUUGCCGCUGUCCAGGGUUCUACCUCCAGCUCAGACGCUCGACCCCACCCUCCUCGACACAUUUGAAACAGACUCUGAAGAGGAGGCUGGCGACAGGCUGACCAAUGAGGAGCAGCAGCGACUGACUCAGGAGGAGCUCAUCAACGUUCACUUCAAGUUUGAGCUCAAAGAGGUGCUGUUGGAACUGACGCAGCAGGCCGACCAGGAGAAGGCCGUUCUGUCCUUCAACAUCUCGCAGCUAGGAGCCGAAGGCAGGAUGCGCAGCUUCGACCUGAGCGUCACCUCCUACCUGCGGCGGCUCGCAGUCGACUACUGUGACGUACCAGUGGGCAGAGAGCCGCUCCACCUGAUCAGCUCCCUGCAGCAGCAGGACUCCAACCUGCUGAAGGUGGAGUUCAUCAAGGCUGACCCGAACGGUCCCAGCUUCCAGACUCAGUUCAGCAACACGGAGCAGACGCUGAAGGUGGAGCUUUCGUCUCUGGACUUCCUUCUUCAUACCAAAGCUCUGCUGGCGACCAUCAGCUACCUGAACAGCGCCGUGCCGCAGCAGUUCAGCGCCACACGGGAUCCCGAUACCAAGAAGCUGGUGCAGAAAACAGAGCAGAGUCAGACGGUGUCUAAAAGCAAAAAAGAUGGCGGCGUCUUCAGCUUCAAGCUCUUCGCCACAUUGGGCUGCUUCCAUGUGGAGGUUUGCGACGAUCGCUGCAGCAUCGCUGACAUCCGGGUUCAGGAAAUCAAGGCCUCGGUGUUCAUGCAGGCGAAGGAGACGGAGGUGUUUGCGCGCCUCGGAGACAUCGUGGUCACAGACGCCAACCCAAAGACCGUCCACAGGAAGGCCGUGUCCAUCGUAGGCAACGAGGUGUUCAGCUUUAAGCUGUCCUUGUUUCCGGGGGCAACACAGGGCGAAGGAUACGGCGACAUGUCCAAGGUGGACGGGAAGGUCACCAUGAGUCUAGGGUGCAUCCAGAUUGUCUACCUGCACAAGUUCUUCAUGUCUCUGCUGAUGUUCGUCGACAACUUUCAGACGGCUAAAGAAGCUCUGAGCGCCGCAACUUCUCAGGCUGCAGAGAGAGCAGCGUCCAGCGUCCGGGACUUUGCCCAGAAGAGCUUCCGUCUCUCCAUGGACAUCAAGCUGAAGGCGCCCAUCAUCAUCAUCCCUCAGUCCUCCACUUCCCAGAAUGCCCUGGUGGUGGACUUGGGAUUGAUCACUGUGGGAAACAGCUUCGCUCUGCGACCGAUAGAAACGCUCCCUUUGCCGGCUGUGGUGGAAAAGAUGGAAGUGAAGCUGACACAGCUGAAACUCAGCAGAAAAACCCCGAAGAUAGACUUCCCUCCCAAAGACAUUGAGAUCCUUCAGCCCAUUAACGUGGACCUGCUGGUCACCAGAAACUUGGCUGCUUCCCAGUUCUCAGACAUCCCCGGGGUCCAGGUCCAGGGGGUCCUGCGGUCCCUCAAUAUGAGUCUGGGGGAAGAGGAGCUCGGCGUGCUGAUGAAGAUUCUGGUGGAAAACAUUGGGGAGGGAAGUAAAGACCAGAACUUGGAGGUUAAGACACAGGCCCCCCCAGAGAAGGCGGAGCUUAGCGAGCGACCAAAGGAGGCACUGGUCCAUCCAGAAUCUAAUGGGAUGAUGGCCUCAACCCACCAAGAACUGUCUGAGAAGGAUGUGGUUAAAGUUCUGCUUGGCUUUGAAGUCAAACAGGUGCUGUUGUCCCUCAAGAAGCGCAUCAAGCUGGAAGAAGCACCUUUCCUGGUCUUCCAGCUGGAUCAGCUGGGAAUCGACGCCAAAGUUCGGAAGUACGACUUGAGCGCCACCACCUACAUCAGACAGGUCUCCAUGAAGAGUCUGGAGUUUAAAGACUCUGUUGGUGAUCCGCUGUGUCUCAUCAGCUCCUCGGCUGAGGCUGGAGCCGAGCUCCUCAAAGUGGAGUUCAGGAAGGCUGACCGCUGCGGACCCGAGUUCUGCUCCAUCUACCAGAACACUGAGCAGAUGAUCCAUGUCACCUUCAGUUCCCUGGACGUCACGCUCCACACUCAGGCUCUUCUGUCUGCAGUUAACUUCCUGUCAUCAUCACUAUCAUCUGGCAGCGCGGCGCCUGCAGAGAAAGACAUCCAGCUGAAGACGGAGGAGAAAACGCCGUCUGUGAAGCCCAGCGCUCUGGUCUCACCUGUAGACUCUGAGAUCGUAGAUUUGAAAGCGACGAUGACUCUGGGAGCCUUCAACAUCCUGGUGUGUGACCAGACCUGCAGCAUGGCUGACAUCAAAGUUAAAGGUUUGAACAGCUCCUUCCUGAUGCAAGGAGCUCAGACUCACAUCUCGGCCCGCCUGGAAGACGUCAUCGUCCUGGACGUGGAUCCCAAAGGCAUCCAUAAGGAGGCCAUUUCUAUAGUUGGAGACGAGGUGUUCAGCUUCAGCAUGAGUCUGACCCCGAACGCCACAGAAGGACCUGGCUACACCGACACGUCUAGGACCGAUGGCAGGGUGAAGCUGUCGGUGGGCUGUAUCCAGGUGGUCUACCUGCACAAGUUCUUCAUGUCUCUGCUGAACUUCAGCAAUAACUUCCAGACGGCUAAAGAAGCUCUGAGCUCCGCCACGGCUCAGGCUGCAGAGAAAGCAGCGUCCAGCGUCAGAGACCUUGCCCAGAAGAGCUUCCGUCUGUCCAUGGCUGUCAGGGUCAAGGCCCCCCUCAUCAUCAUCCCUCAGUCCUCCACUUCCAAUAAUGCCAUUGUGGUGGAUUUGGGUCUCAUCACGGUGGAGAACAGCUUCUCUCUGGUGACGGUUGCAGGAUGUUCGCUGCCGGCCGUGGUGGACAGCAUGGAUGUGCAGCUAUCGGAGCUGAAGCUGUCCAGGACCUGGUCCGACUCGGAAUCGGAGAAACCCAACAUUGAGCUGCUGAAGCCAGUGAACCUGCUGCUGAACAUCCGGAGGAACCUCUCAGCUGGCUGGUACAGGAAGAUGGCCGCCGUAGAGGUCAACGGAGACCUGAAGCCCAUGAAGCUGGAGCUCAGUCAGGACGACCUGCGAGUCAUGCUGCGGAUCGUGACAGAAAACCUGGGAGAAGCCAACACCCUGGAUCCCUCCGCCCCCCAGCAGGAGGUCAGCCUGCGGGUUCAGGCCCCCAAAGGAGCCCCGACAGGUGAGGCUGAGAGGCCAGCUGGGCGCCUGGGUGAAGAUGGGGAUGAUGAAGCUGUGGAGAUGCUGAGAUUUCACUUCAACAUCGAGUCUCUGGAGCUGGUUCUGUUCCACAACAACCCAAAACAGCAGCCAGCAGACCUUCAGCACCACCAGGACCUCAGACUGGGGGAGUUGGCUCUGCGUCUGAUGAAGGCUUCAGGGAAGAUCCUGAACAACGGCUCCAUGGAGGUGAACACCGUCCUGACUGCCUGUACGCUGGACGACCUGAGGAGCGGAGUGGAUCGGGUGACCUCACGGAUGGUUGGGCAGAAGGAGGACGGCCAGCAGGCCAUGAUCGACGUCACCUUCCGACAGGCUCCUGCAGAGAGAGACUUGGUGGCCAUCCUGCAGAAGCUGUAUCUGUGUGCCAGCACAGAGUUCCUGAUGGCAGUAGCAGAUUUCUUCAUUCAAGCUGUGCCCCAGAGUCCAGCUUCAGCCCCACCUGCUGCAGCAAGCGACAAGCUGCCUCUGAAACAGACAGCGGAACCACGAGCUGAACGCAGGCCUGCGUCCGCUGUGAGGACCCGUCUGCGGGCGGUGAUCGUGGACCCAGAGGUGGUGUUUGUGGCCAACCUGAUGAAGGCCGACGCUCCGGCAUUGGUGGCCUCAUUUCAGGGCGACUUCAACCUGGUGGCCGAGGAGGACGGCACCCAGAACAUGAGGGCCAACCUGCGGGACCUGAAGGUGCUGGCCUGCCCAUUCAUUCAGAACAAGGAGGACAAGUCUGUGACCACCGUGCUGAAACCCUGCUCUGUCUCCAUGGAAACCAAAACCAGUCCCAACCAACCACUGAGUGGCUCUGUGACAGUGGAGGAGGUCAUCAUCAAAAUCUCUCCUGUCAUCCUGAACACGGUGAUGACCAUAACGGCCGGGAUUGCUGCGAAGACGCAGGCCGAGCAGAGUCAGGAGCAAAAGGCUGAUGUCAGCAACCUGUGGUCCAUCAUGGAUAUCUACAACUGUAACUUCUGGUUCCUGGGUGUGGACCAGGCCACUGAGAUCACAGAGAACUACGCAGAGUCUGAUGGCAGUAAGGAUGGAGAAACCUUCAAAGCUCAGGUCAAGUCGGUCCAGAUGACGCUGGAGUCUGGUCUGGGUCAUCGGACGGUCCCUCUGCUGCUGGCGGAGUCUUCCCUUAACGGAGUAGCCAAGAACUGGUCGUCUCUGCUGCAUCUGACGGCAGACAUGACGCUGGAGGUUAACUAUUUCAAUGAGGUCCAUGCAGUUUGGGAACCUCUAAUAGAACGAGUAGACAGCGGCCGGCGCCGGUGGAACCUGGAGCUGGAGAUUAAAAAUAAUCCAGUUAUGGAUCGGAGUCCUGUGCAUGGAGACGACUUCAUGUUUAUUCCUGAACCUCGCACUGCCAUCAACAUCUGCUCCAAAGACACCCUGAAUGUCACGGUCUCCAAGUGCAGCCUGAAUGUCUUCCAGAAGCUGGCAGAGGCUUUCGCUGAGGGAACGGCUUUGACCUUUGACCACACCCUGAAAGAGAAACCUCCCUUUACCAUUAAAAAUGCUCUGGGGAUUCCAGUUAUUGUGCAGCACAGCGCCUCCUUGAGGCCUCUUGGAUCUGUGGCGCAAGGAAAAUUACACGAGCUCUCGGUGGAUCAGAGCAUGGACCUGGUGCACUCCGGAUUUGAGUCCACCAUGGGGGGGAAGCUGUCAGCCCUGGAGAGGCAGGAGAGCUGCCUGUUUAACCUCACCGUCGUACCGUCCGGAUACAGCGAGAUCUGCAGCAUCCCUGUGGACAAACCCGGCCGUCGGCUCUACAACGUUCGAGGUCCGAUGCUGCAGGAGGCCGUGUCGGUGCUGCUGCAGAUCGACGCCGCCGAAGGCAACAAGAUCAUCACCGUCCGUUCGCCCCUGCAGAUCAUGAACCACUUUUCAGAACCCUUCUCUAUCCUGAAGUACUGCGCAGCAUCCAGAGACCUGCAGAGCAUCGGCACAGCGGAGCCAGAGAAAGAGUUCCAUAUGGAUCUGGAUGCAUACAGGUGUCAGCUGUUUGUGCGUCCAGCGGGCCGCCUGGACGGGCUGUACGCCGCGUCCUCCAGCUGCAUGGCCUGGAAGGAGCAGGUCCACUGCAGCGCCGAGGUCCAGUCCGUCCUGCAGUGUCCUGCGUCCGACAGCAACCUGCUGCCGCUCAUGGUCAGCACGCUGGCCGUCCCCGACGACCUGCGGCACAUCUCCAGUCAUGGCGAGGAGGACUGGGACCCCGCCUACAUCAUUCACCUGCAUCCUGUGGCUGCACUGUGCAACCUGCUGCCGUACACAGUCAGCUACAUCAUGGAGAACUCUGCUAACGUCUACGAGCUUCAGGAAGGAACCACAUCGGACCUGCUGAACGCUCGCUUAUCAGGGGAGAUCAUGUCUUUGGCGCUGAUCCAGUACCAGGGCCGUGGCUGGCACGGACACAUUCAGAUCACCCGGGAACUGCCCGAGUUCUUCGCCGUGUCCCUGACCUGCGACACUGACGCCAGCCUGAGCGUGGACGUGAGCAUCCACGUGACCAAAACCAAGAGCCGCCUUCUGCUGUCGCUCUUCAGCCCCUACUGGAUCAUCAACAAGACGUCCAGAGUGCUGCAGUACCGGUCCGAGGACGUCAUGUACAAGCAUCCGGCCGAGUACCGAGACGUCGUCCUCUUCUCCUUCAAGAAGUCCAACCUGUUCACCAAAAGCAAGCUGCAGCUGUGCAUCUCCACCAGUUCCUGGUCGGACGGUUUCUCCCUGGACACAGUGGGAAGUUACGGCUGCGUCCGCUGUCCUGCCACCAACAUGGACUUCCUGGUAGGCGUUAGCAUCCAGAUGAGUAGCUUCAACCUGACCAGGAUCGUCACUUUAAGUCCUUUCUACACCCUGGUGAACAAGUCCUCGUAUGAACUGGAGGUUGGGGAGUUGAUCAGCCAGACGUCCAUCAGGUGGCACUACAUCCCUUCCUCUGAAUACAUCCCUCUGUGGCCGGAGAACUCCUCCAAGAAGCUGUGCGUCCGUGUGGUCGGAUCGUCAUCCAAUUCCAAGUUCUUCUUCUUCAGUCAGCAGGACAACGGCACCCUGCUGAGCAUGGACAUGUGUGGAGGGAUCAUCGUGGACAUCAACGUCUCCAACCACUCCACCAUCAUCAGCUUUAGUGACUAUUAUGACGGAGCAGCCCCCGCACUGUUGAUUAACCACACACCCUGGGCCACCAUCAGCUACAGACAGAGCGGAUCAGAUGAAGUCCAUGAGCUGAAACCCUGCGAGGCUCGGCGGUUCGUGUGGGACGACCCAGCGGGAACCCGUAAGCUCUGCUGGAGCUGCAAAGGCCGUUCAGAAGAACUGGAUCUGCUGAAGGAUGAUGUGGGUCAGUUUCUUUUUGACGGCCAGUCUCAUGUCCACUGGGUUUCCUUCCUGGACGGCCGGCAGCGGGUGUUGCUGUUCACCGAGGACACCGCCGUGGUGACCAAGGCUCGGCAGUCGGAGGAGCUGGAACAGUUUCAACAGGAGCUGAAGGUGUCUCUACAGAACCUCGGCCUUUCUCUGGUGGACAACAGCAGCCGGCAGGAGAUUUCCUACAUCGGCAUCACCAGCUCAGGCGUAGUGUGGGAGUAUAAGCCAAAGAACCGCUGGAAGUCCUUCAAUCAGAAGAACAUCAAUCUGCUGGAGAAGACCUACCAGAGUCAGCUGAGUGAGAAGAAGGAGCUUGGCUGGGUCACACUGGAGAACAACCUGGAGGUCAGAGGUUAACCAAAAGGACCAAACGUUCUGAC